AUGCCUAGAUGCGCUAACAAGGGCUGUCAAAAGGAAUUUGAGGAGUCAAGCAACGAAGAUGGCAGCUGUAGUUAUCAUCCUGGAGGACCGGUAUUUCACGAAGGGUUGAAAUCAUGGUCGUGCUGUAGUGAGAUCAACAAACCAGUAUUGGAAUUUGAUCAAUUCAUGUCUAUUCCUCCAUGUACAACAGGAAAACAUUCAUUGGCACCUUCUAAAUCCACUUCUACCACUAACACCGGUUCCAACCAAGUCAAAGGUCCAACUGAGAUAUCUUCUGAUGGAGUCGAGACAUAUGGUACAUCGAAACCUUCCACUUCCACUUCUAUCCAUAAUCCAUCAUCAGAAUCUGCGCCUGCCCAAGCCAUAGCUCCAACAGCAGCAAUGGCAACGCUGAAAAUGGAACAAGAGGAAGAAGAUGAUUUGACUAUACCUGUUCCUGACGGAAGCACAUGUAAAAGAACAGGAUGUGGUAUGAAGUUCGAGAAUGAGGAGAAAAAUAGAGGUCAUGGUGAGAAUAGUAAAUGUAGAUAUCACCCUCAACCUGCAGUAUUCCAUGAAGGUUCAAAAGGAUAUUUGUGUUGCAAAAGACGUGUAUUAGAGUUCUCAGAAUUCUUGAAAAUCGAAGGCUGUAAAGAGGGUAAACAUUUAUUUGUCGGAUCAAAGAAAGAUGAGAAUAAAGUGGAAAAAGUGGAUUGUCGAUUAGACCAUUAUCAAACUCCGUUACAAGUUCACGUAUCAGCUUUUGCUAAAGGGGCCGAUAAAGAGAAAUCGACAGUUAGAUUUGAUACGCAGAAAUUACAUCUCGAUUUAUAUUUACCUUCAAAUAAGAGGGUGAUCAAAUCAAUUGAAUUAUACGGACCUAUAAAUCCUGAAACUAGUAGUUUCAGAAUACUUUCAACUAAAGUGGAUAUAGUCUUACAAAAACCAUCUGCUAUCUCAUGGCCUUUAUUGGAAUUACCUCCUUCAGGAACUGAAUUGCCACCUGGAUACGCUCUCACGUUCGGUGUACAAGGAAGGACAGGUACGGUUGGUGGGAAAGAGAUCGUCUUGUCUCCCGAAGAAUUAGCGAGGAGAGGAUGA